AUGUUAACAUGCGCCACCAGUGACCGUUAUCUAAACGGCGCCAAAUAUUCUGAGGGUAACUUUUUCACAAGGAAACGCAAACAAAAACCCCCUCUCCCACUUACUUCUUUCCAAAAAAAAAAACACUCACUCACACACACACCACUUUCUAUCUCUCCCUUUCUCUCUCUCCUUCUCUUGCCAGCGAACAUGGAGAAAGGCUUCUCUCCCGUCGGUCUCAGGGUUCUUGUGGUGGACGACGACCCAACCUGGCUCAAGAUUCUUGAGAAAAUGCUCAAGAAGUGCUCCUACGAAGGUUCCCUUCUUCUUUUUCUAUGUUUUUACACAUUGGGAGUCCACCUACUUAAUUUCCUCUGCUUUUGUUUUAACCCCGUUGCAGUCACUACCUGUGGGUUAGCUAGAGAAGCUCUGAGGUUGCUACGAGAGCGUAAGGACGGGUUUGACAUCGUGAUCAGCGACGUGAACAUGCCUGACAUGGACGGCUUCAAGCUCCUUGAGCACGUUGGCCUUGAACUGGACCUCCCUGUCAUAAUGAUGUCGGUGGACGGUGAAACAAGCAGAGUCAUGAAAGGCGUCCAGCACGGAGCGUGUGACUACCUGCUGAAGCCGAUAAGAAUGAAGGAGCUGAAGAUCAUAUGGCAACAUGUUCUUAGAAAGAAGCUCCAAGAGGUGAGAGACAUCGAAGGCUGCUGCUAUGACGUAGGAGCUGAUUGGUUCACCCAAGCGCAGUUUCUUGGAGGUGGUGAAGAUGUUUCUUUUGGGAAGAAGAGAAAAGACUUUGAUUUUGAGAAGAAGCUUUUUCAGGAUGAGAGUGACCAAUCUUCUUCUUCCAAGAAAGCUAGAGUGGUUUGGUCUUAUGAGCUUCACCAGAAGUUUGUCAACGCUGUUAACCAGAUCGGAUGUGAUCACAAAGCUGGUCCCAAGAAGAUAUUGGACCUCAUGAAUAUCCCAUGGCUCACUAGGGAGAAUGUUGCUAGCCACCUUCAGAAAUACAGACUGUACCUGAGUAGAUUAGAGAAAGGGAAGGAGAUAAAGUGUUAUUCUGGUGGAGUAAAGAAUAUGGAUUCACCUCCAAAAGAUGCUGAGAUUAAUUCAGGACAUCAAAGCCCUGGCAAGAGCAGCAGCUAUGCAUUCCUUAAAGCAACAGAGACUGAUCCAAAGCAACUUGCUUCAGCUUCUGUGUCUGACCCCACCAGUGAUGUCCACAUGCCUCCAAAAGCGAAAAAGACACGUAUAGGAUAUGAUCCUCCCAUCUCAUCCGGUGUGUUUGACUCUCGGCUUCCCUGGAAUGAUGUUCCAGACCCACUUGAAUCCAAGCCUCCUAUUCUGUACGAGAACAACUUUCUCCAGCAACAGCCAUUGCCAAGCCAAAGUUCCUAUGUUGCAAACUCUGCACCGUCUCUCAUGCAAGAGGAAAUGAAGCCUUCUUAUGUGAAUGCGGAUGAGUUUCUCAUGCCACAAGACAAGAACUCUACUGUGAUCCUUCAAGAUAUGGACUUGUCCGCUCCCUUCAGCUCCAAUGCAACCAGCAAUACAGAGUCGAUUCCGGGAAGCUUGAACUGGGAACUUCCAGAAGCACACCAUUCAGAUUCUUUAGACACUGAUUUAGACUUCAGUUGGUUUCAAGGUGAGCAUUUCUUUGCAAACACUGGACUCCAAAACUUCCAGUUUCAAGACUACAGUAGUAGCACAUCACUCCUGUCUGAGCUCCCUCCCCAUCUUUGGUAUGGAAACGACACCCUGACGAGUAUACCCUAAUGGUAGACCAAGGUUUAUUCAUAUCUUGACUCUUGUUCCAUUAACUUCUUUUCCUAUAUUGGUUGGUAAUAUGCAGAAAGAUUUUCUUUUCCCAAGAACCUUCCAUGAUCGAAUGCAUGUACAAUAAAUCCAUGAGCGUCGCAGGCUAACUACACCACAUUGAUAAGACCAUAUGUUUCAUACCCAUCUCUUAAGAUCAUUAAACUGUCACAUUAGUUUCGCUUUCUUGUGUGGUAGGAAAAUAUUAGACCUAUCAUAUCUUGAGAAUAAGAUCUCUACUCUACACAUUGUGUUUACUGGCAAACUAAGCAUUUUUUUCUCCUUAUCA